AUGUCGCUAGAAGACCCACAUAUACAACCUCCGGAGCAGACUGCUGCGAGAGAUUCCUCUGCGUCGAUUUCAUCGAUAGACCACCUUAUUGAGGAUAACAAACUUGAUUCUAGUAGUGAAACAUCAUUGGAAGAGGACCAUACCGUUGAACAUGAGGAAGAGAGAGCAAACUCUGCUCAACCUGCUAAAUUGAAUAUUGGUGCCCCAGUGAGCAGAUCUAUUGGAAGUAAAUUGCGGAAGGCAAGAGAGGAAAAAGAGGCAGCUAAGAGAAGCCCACACGCAGCAGCCUUUAGAGGUUGGAAAGAAGUAACUGGAUAUGAUGAUAGCUUUGCACUUUCACCAGUCGAUGAAAUCAUGGACCUCUUAACACGUUCUACUUCUUUGGAGGAGAUCUUGCCUGAAAACUUAUAUGGAGAAUGGUUCCAUGGUGUUGGUGCACUGUUAACAGCUUGUCUGUUAUCAUCGAUUGUUGGUUAUUUUAGACUGAGUUUGGGGCCUGUUUUUUUUAUUACAAUUAUAUUUGGGUUAUAUUACCGUUCUUCAAUUAGAAAAUAUAGGUUAAAUUUGAGAUUACAAGCACAAAGAGAGUUUUCAGUCCAUGCAAUUGAGGAUGACUUCGAAUCUUUAGAUUGGUUGAAUGUUUUCUUAGACAAGUAUUGGGUGUACCUGGAGCCGAGUAUAUCUCAACAAAUUACUGAGAUUGUUAAUCCAAUGGUUGCAGAACUAGAUGCCAUUCCUGCCUUUGUAAGAGAGAUAUGGAUCCAAUCAUUAACAUUAGGGACCAAGCCACCGAGAGUUGAUAGGGUCAGGACGUUAGACAGAACAGCAGAUGAUGUUACUGUGAUGGACUGGACUUUUUCCUUGAUUCCUAAUGCACAAGCAGAUACAACAGUUAAACAAAUGAGAAACCACGCAAACUUUGAAAUCAUUGUUAAGGCAAAAAUUUUCGGUGUAACCGUACCGGUUUUAGUUAGUAACAUCUCAAUGAGAGCCGAUGCAAGAAUCAGGUUGAGAAUGAUGUCAAACUUUCCACAUAUUCAAACAGUUAACGUUUCCUUGAGUGAUACUCCUGAUUUUGACUUUAUUUUUAAAAUUAUUGGUAGUAAUAGUAUAUUUGGCUUUGAACUGUUCAAUAUACCUGGUCUAUACAUGAUGGUAAAGGAGAUGGUGAAGAAAUACUUAGGACCAAUGUUGUUUCAACCUUUAUCCUUUGAAUUAAAUCUCGAACAAUUACUUGCUGGUAAUGGUGCCUCAGGUGCCUUAGGUAUUUUAGAACUGAACGUGAAAAGUGCAGAAGGCUUGGUUGCUGCAGAUACCUUUAAUAAUACCAUUGAUCCUUACUUUACCUUUGGUUUCCAAAAAAAUGUUAAAGCAAAAACCAAAAUUGUUUAUGAUACAAUGAAUCCGAUCUAUAAUGAGACCAUAAGGGUAAUCCUAAACUCAUCAUCAGAUCCACUAGCUAUUAAAUUGUACGAUGAAAAUAUUUCUGAUGGUAGAAAAGAUAAAUUCAUGGGCGCUGCAUUGUAUGAUUUGGAUGAGCUUAUUUCUAAGACUGAAUUGAAAAACCUCAAGAUCCCAAUAUUGAGAAACAACUAUCCUGCAGGAUCCAUCAAUUUAGACAUCAAGUAUAUGAAGUCUUUACAGGGAUCUAAAUUACCAGAUGGCUCUUUCAGCCCACCACCAGAUUAUAAUACUGGUGUUGCUAAAAUUGUAUUAUCCGGUGCAAGAAGUUUUACUUCUAAAGACGAUGAGAAGAAAUCUGUUUACGCACAGUUAUAUCUUUCAGGUGAAAAAAGGCUUGAAACUCCAGUGGCUAAAAAUUCAAAUGAAGCUAGCUGGUCAUGUGAUUUUGAAGAAAUUAUCUAUGAUAGAUCAAAGGCUAGAGUUCGUGUAAUCUUAAGAGAAAGUUUGAAGGAAAACAAAAUUUUGGGAUCUGCAACUUUACGUUUGGUGGAUAUCAUUGACGCUUCUUAUGUUGGAAAUAGUUGGUUCCCAUUGAGCAAUAAUCAAGGUGAAAUUGAAAUAUCUUGUAACUGGAACUCAGUUAGAAUUCCAGGUGUUAAGGGUGCUCUCGGUUAUAGUGAGCCAUUUGGUGUAUUGCGUGUUUAUAUUGAAAAGGCAAGUGAUUUGGUUAGGAUCAAUAAAGUUGGAAGUAUUGAUCCAUAUUUUAGGGUUCUAGUUAAUGGUUUACAGAAAGGGAAAACGUUGACAAUGGAUUCUACUUAUGAUCCUAAGUACUACCAAUCUAUGUACAUUCCAGUUUCUUCUGUUAAUCAAAGGAUUACUAUUGAAGGUAUGGAUGUGGCUAGACAUGGUCAAGAUAGAACUCUUGGCUCUUUUCAGAUUAGAUUAAAUGAAUUCAUUGACUAUAAUAAUGAGGGCAAACCAAUUGAGACGUCUGGUGAGUUGAAAGAAGCAAAAUUGUUCCACAGGAGAAAAGGUGCAAAGGGCUCUGUUACUUAUUCUAUAGCGUUUUAUCCUAUCAAGCAAGUGGUAACUCCUGAAGAAGCAGAGACGGAGAAAAAGGAAGCUGCUGAGUUACAGGCCAAGAUUGAUGCUGAAGAAAAGAAGGCUAGCAAUGACAAGAAAGACAGGUCUACCGAAGAACUUUCGGAACAGAACAAUCUUGCCCUUGACACUUUACACAAAGAUAUACUACCAAUCGAAGAUAUAGCUAAAUUUGAUACUGGUGUUUUAGUUUUUACUUUACUGGGUUCGAAAUUUUCAAACUCUGGUUAUUUCCAGGUUUUUUUUGACAAAAACGGGUACCCGGAAUACGAAACUAGCAUUUCAGGUAAUACCAACUUGCAACGUACAUUUGACUAUCUAGUGAAAGAAAUGCAAAAGUACUCUUUAAUGACUUUUAGGAUUGUUGAGAAAAAAAACACACCUUUGACUAAAAAUGCAUUGAAAGAAAUCACUGUUCCAACAAUUAAGGUGUUGGAACACAGUUACGGUAAACAAACAAGCCUUAAUAUUGGGGAUUCGAGCAAUACGAUUUUGUUUACCACAAAAUUCCUUCCUGCUAUGAUAUCAUCUUUGCCUCCUGCCGACUCCAUCGGUAAUUCAGGUACCUUAAAUAUUGAAUUUGUUGGAGCUAGGGAACUACUUUCUAAAGACUCGAACGGUAAAUCUGAUCCAUUUGUUAAGGCCUAUCUAAAUGGUGACGAGUUCUACAAGAGCAAAACUAUAAAGAAGACUCUUGAGCCUACUUGGAACGAGAGCACGUCUAUUUCCAUCGACUCAAGAGUUCAGUCUGUGAUUAGAUUUAAAGUUAACGACUGGGAUUUUGGUCUCGAACAAGAUGACAAGAUUGGUGAGUACACAUAUGCAUUGAAGCAAUUGGAUCCAUUUGACACCGAGAUGAAAGACUAUAAUUUCGAAUUGAUUGGAGAAGAAGGACAGUAUGCCGGAACAUUAGAGGUAAGGAUGUCAUUCAAACCAGAGUAUCACACUUUGCUCAGUGCCGAGAAGAGUUUACCUAAUCCGGGCAAUAUUGCUAUUGAUGGUGCAGGAAAAAUCCUAAAUACUCCUGGAAAGGUUCUGGGUACUGCAUCUAAGAUUGGCAGCAAAGCGUUUGGUGUUUUCAAGAAGAAGCAUCAUGAUGAAGAAUAG